AUGGUGAUACUCACAAAGUGUUUGUUGAAUUAUGUUGUGAGCAAAUGUCCAAAGGGAGUAAAGUACGAACUUUUUUCUCUAGAGAAGGUUGGAACAAAAUUUGUAGUUAAUGCAGAUACUUUUAAGUUUCGCUACAACGGACUUGAUAACUCUGAUGAACUGACUUCCAUAUUUAAAGAAGGAUAUGCAACUGGAAAAAAUGCUUGGGCACCUUCCGAAGGAUCUCUACCAAAUGACUCUAUUGGAUCGUGUCAAACUCAAGCAAGUAAAUCUCUAGAAAAUAAAAGAUACGUAGAUCUUGAGGUGCAAGGUGAAGAACCAAAUAAUGUAACCAAGUCGAAUGAGAUGAAAAAUGACAUUGGGAAUGCUACAGGUGCUAGCCGCCAUAAGCGAGUCAGAGAUGAGUUUCCACCAUCUAGACCUUCUCGUAAAGUCUCGUCUGCUGCGAAUGUGGAUCAGUAUCUUGGUCGUAUUUGUGAAACUGUUGAAGCAAUGGGUGAAAAAUCUGAUAAUACAAUGCAAGAAUGCAUUAAAAUACUAAAUGAGAUGUCUGCCAUACCUAAAGGAAGUGAGCUUUAUCUGUUUGCUUGCAGAUUAUUUUUGAAAAGGGAACAACGAGAUUUAUUUAUUGCUCUCGAGGAUUCCGAACUGCAGUUCUUGUGGCUUCAAGAUGAAAAGGCGCAACAUGAUAGGACUUUUAUUAAGAUAUAUUCUUUGUAG